AUGGCCGAUGUGUCUACCGAGUGCUGCCUGUAUUAUCCCAACCAGUGCUCGAGAAUCUUCGACGACAUAAUGAGCACUUUUGAAGAGACUCUGGUCCCACUAGAGGUUGUUCCAGAUUUUGAAGGCCUGUUUGAGCAGAAGUUGAGACGUAUCAAGAUGGCUGAACUGUUAAAGGAACCAACCGUUAGAGGAAUCUUGGACAAUUUGAAGAGUGCCAGAGAAGCCACUGAGAAGAAGAUUUGCAUAGAGAUGGCAGCGGAUGUUAACGAAGGCUGGAACUCUACUGAUGAUGCUUCAACAUCAUCGGAAUCAGAUUCGGAGGUGGUUAAAUUGAUGAAAGAGAUGCAUAUUGACAAAAGAGCCGCCAGAGCACUCUCGCCGUUGGAUACGUACAUUCCGAACUUCAAUUUGGAGAGAACCAUGUUUGAGUGGGGAACCGGUGGGCCAUCUUCCAAACAGUAUGAGUUGAUGUCUUAUAUUGUCAAGCUGAAGAGAAAAGCUGCUAGAACUUGGUUUCUGGAAAGAGCAUCUUGUUAUAAGGCGUUCCGCGGGAAUCAAAUGAGCUGGACACACAGCGAUGAAGAUGUUAUGAAUGGAUUUGAGUUGAACAAGCGUGAGGAGGACUUUCUCAUUGCAUCCUUUCUUCCGAAUGAGGGCUCAGUUAUUGCUAGCGACAAACAUUGUCACGUGGACGGUCCGUCUCUCGGAAAAGCAUUUCUCGGAUUAGAUUUUCUCACCAAGCGAAAUGAGGCAUUCAAAGCGUUUGUUGCGAAGACAAUGGCAAUCGAUCCGCUUAUUCGUGAGCGCCUCGCUUCAAACUAUCUCUACAAACGUAUGAUCGAAGUUAGUUCGUUAUUCCACACAACCAAGGAGCUGAAAUACAACUACAUUCGCAUUGCAUGGGAGAGAAAAUUCAGCCACAUGGACGACUACGUCAUCUGCCUGAUCCUAUUCAUCAGAGAUAAGACCACCAAUAUUACAUGGGAAGAAGUGGAAGAAAUUAUCUAUCCGAAGGCUAAGGAGAUUAUACGCGCUGGCUUCAAGUUGUCCUUCGACUCGGAAUUGAAGAAUUUGGAUCAAAUUCGCGCUGAUGUUCCGAAGAGUUGUUGA